AUGACGAAUAUUUCGAAUCUGCUGGCAAUUCUUCAGCUUCCAGAAACGAAUCUCGAUGCCGAAACAGUACUCACUCAGUUCCUUGCCCUAAGCGACGCCGGCAAGGCUACUUGGCGCUUGAAUACAGCAGAGAAAAUAUUCACUGCUGUAUUUGGAGAUGAUGCUGCAGUACAAAGCGAUAUCAAUUUCUCUGAGCAGAAGGAAACAACUUGGUCUACAAACUGUCAGCUCACUCCUGGUAUUAUUGUUACCCCUCAAACUCCUCAGGAUGUGGGCAAAGUUCUUGCACUCUGUCAAGUCCUCAACAUCAAGUUCUCCGUCCGCAGCGGCGGCCAUCUUCACAACCCAGGGUUCACGAGUAACAAUGGCGGUGUGGUUAUCUUGAUGAAGCGGUUCAACACUAUUAAUGUCUCCGAAGAUCGCCUGACGGCGGAUUUUGGAGUCGGUCAAACCUGGUUUGACGUCUACAAAGCCCUCGAAGAGUAUGGACUCACAGUGACUGGAGGACGUCAGUCCUCCGUGGGUGUGGCCGGCCUGCUUCUUGGGGGAGGCCUGGCAUUUCAGAAUAGCGAGCGUGGAUUGAGUUGCCACGGUGUUGUGGAAUAUGAGAUGGUUUUAGCAGACUCGACAGUUGUCAAGGUCAACGCGACUAGCAACAAGGACCUCUUCUGGGCUUUGAAAGGCGGAGGUCCUAAUUUUGGUAUCGUAACAAAAGUCACCAUGUCGACACUUCCCAACAAAAUAUGGUGUGAAGGAGUAAUGUACGCACCUGGAGAAAAUGCAAAUCUCCUCAAAUCUAUCAUGGAUUAUCACGAAGCAAGCGAAAAGGACUCUAAGGCCAAUAUCAUUUGCCACUUUAUGGAGGAUUUUACACUCUUUAUUUUCCUUUAUGCCGACCCUGUUGAGGAGAAACCAGCUGUCUUCGACUCUUUUGAUAAGAUUGAGUGUGUAACCCAGGUGGUGCCGUCUAAAGCCUCGACAGUCUUUGAGCUUGUCAAUGACUUUGAGAGGUUCACUGCGACCGAGCCUAAGAGCCAUGAGGUGCGAGUAAUGGCAAGUCUUCCCGAUCUGGAAGUCUACAAUGCCACCGAAGCAUGUCGCCUACAGCAACUGCAAGUAGUUAAAAGUGUUCCUGGGGCUCGAAUCAUCCUGAGCAUUCAGCCUAUUUCAUCCAGCGCUUCCAGAGCUUGCGAUAAACAAGGGGGCAAUCCUCUAAGCCUCAAAGCGGAGCCACAGCAGUGGCUCCUGGUUUUGUUGGAUUGGUUCCACCCCGAGGAUGAGGCCACUAUGCGGGCUGCGGGUCGCAAAAUCAUCGACCAGGCCGAAGCCGUUGCGAAAAAGAAUGGAACUUACCUUGAUUUCAAGUAUUCGAACUAUUGUUCACGAGACCAGGACCCGCUGGCUGCCUACGGAUCUGAGAAUUUGAGCAAGCUUAGAUCGGUUGCGAAGGAAAUUGACCCCAAGGGUGUUUUCCAAAAGCUGCAGAAUGACGGAUGGUUGCUUUCCAAGACUGCCUCAUGGGUGACUGGAGGUUAG